AUGCAGAGGACCGCACACGCCGGAGCCCAGCCGCACCUGCCCCUCGCUGCUUUAACCACCCAUCGCUUCGCCCCGCGGCCCUCGCCCGUCGGCUCCGGGCGGCGGGAGCGACCCAGCCCGGGGUUCCGCGGUGCCCCGGCCGUGCCCGCACACGCCGGCUCGCGCAGCGGCAGCGGCAGCCUCAGCACCUCCGCCAGCUCCGCCAGCAGCUCCAGCGGCAGCACCAUGGACCUCUCCUUCAUGGCCGCGCAGGUGCUUCCUGUUAUGGGAGGAGCCUUUAUGGACUCACCCAACGAGGACUUUAGUACAGAGUACUCCCUGUUUAACUCAUCAGCCAACGUGCAUGCAGCUUCUUCCAUGCAGAAUCCACCAGAAGAGACAUCCCGUUCUUCAAAUGAUGCCAUUUUGUUAUGGAUUGCAAUAAUAGCAACAAUUGGAAAUAUUGUGGUUGUGGGAGUGGUGUAUGCCUUCACCUUCUAGGAUGACUGUCACUACAAACACUGGAAGAAAGGAAACCUUCAACAGUAUUUGUCAUGUGUAUGUAUGUAUGUAUGUAUGUAUGUAUGUGUGUAUAUAUACAUGUAUAUCUAUAUAAAUACAUAUAACUAGAGACUUUGUUGAUUAAGUCAUGGAAAUUAAAUGCAAGUUAAUCAUCUUAAGUCUUGAUGGCAGAAAGUUUGGAUGCAAGUCGUGUGGAGUGAGAGCUUUAUUUGAGAUCAGAGCCAAUACCAGUUUUAUAUAGAAAUGUAAUAAAAGAGAGAUCAACUUGGGUAUAGUAAAUACAGAGAGAUAUUUAUAUAGAAA